AUGGCCGGCAACGACACUCUUUCGCUGUGUUCCGAUCCGAAGUAUGUCUUCCUGUCCUUCGAUAAUCUCGCCCAUUGCUACGCGACCUACGAGGACACAACAGGAGCCAACUUUACGCACGUUGUUGAAACAUGCUUGACCGAUUACUGCGAGAACCCAUAUCCUGAUCUCGGCGGCUGUGGGAAUUGGAAUGGAGGGGACAUCGGGCCAUUUGCUGUGUACACACAGGGCAACCAGUCUUUCUGGAACAAUGCUACCUGCGUCGGCGUCAGUGAAGGGGUCAAUUCGGAUAUCGGUGGGCCUGGCGUCUUUGUCUCUUACUUGAUGCAAUUGGGAAUGGUAUUUUAUUUCUGGACCCUCCUCCGCUCAUUCCGUCUCUUCUCAUCAAUAAAGGCCUUCUUCAACCGAAGAAAACGGCGUCGCGGCACUUCCUCCACAAAGCAAACCAAUGGCACCAUCAUCCCGAUAAUUCGCCAUUAUAUCGCCCAAAAUGACCGCAUCCUAAGAGUAAUCCUUGUUGAAUUCCAAGAAGCCCAAUGCUUCUUCAUGAUCGCCUCACAAGCGGCAAUUCUGCUGGCCAAGGACUCAAAUACCGUUUUCGCAUCAACCACCAUCCGCUCCCUCUGGGCAAACAACGGUGUCGCGGGCAUAGUUUCCAGCGCCGGUGUAUUGCCGGUUGUCAUGGGUAUGUGGUGUCUCCAGAAGAUGCACGAGUUGGAACCUUGGAUUUUUCUCUUGUCCCUUGCCUCGGUCAUUCUGUCUGAAUUUUCGCUGUACUGGACGUACGAGACGCCCUCUCUUGGUCAACUUGUUCCCAUUGAUUAUAACCGGUGGCCAAAAAGCUGUGGUGGCUAUGCACCGCCAUUGAUUUACUGUCUGGACGAUCUCGAGUUAACAGAUGAGAGGGUUCCGCUCGCGUUUUUCUGGCAUGUACUCAACCCAUAUUGCAUGAUUAUGUUUGGGUUGAUUAUAAUUACGUGGCUUCACCGUCACAUUGGCGAGAUGGUGGAUGUUAACGAGAUUUGUGAAAGAGCUUUGGUUCAUCUGGGUCUGGGCAGUUUCUUGUCACAAGAUUCGACGACUGCUCGCUUCAACUGGGCCCGGUGGCUCAGGAGGCUGCCAAGUCUACUCACGUUCCUGGUUGAAUCGCUUUUUAUCGUUGCUUUCAUUUUCGAGGGGGUGUGUUUUGGCUUGUUCGCCAGAAUUGGCCUGAUCGACUUUAACGACUGGGGUUUUGGGCAAAUCGUUGCUCUCACCAUCUGGUUUCCGGUGUUGAGCAAGUAUGCAUAUCUACUGCUAUUUGGCACCGAGUCUUACUCGCGCUCUCGCAUGCCUAAGUCUGCUGAAGCCGAUGAAGCCGAUGAAGCCGAUGAAGAUGGCGAGAAAACUGAAAAUGACGCCGGUGAUGUUGAGUCGCCAGCCCAGGAACUCUCCAAUGUCAUCACACAGAAGGCCUAG